GCGCGGAGUCCCACAAUCAGGGCAAUAAUAGGCGCGAACGAUCAUGCUGCUCCGUCGCACUCGGCCUGGCUGAGCGCAGGAUACUUGAAGAGUGACAAGCUUGUCCUCUGCCCUGGCUGUCACUUUGUCCACUUGCCAAUGUUCAUUCUCCAGACCUUGCUGUUGUUCGCAGGGUCAGCCUCUGCGACGGUCAUCACAGCGGACCGUUCAGUUGCAGUUAAUAAGACUUUUGACUAUGUGGUUGUCGGUGGAGGACUUGCAGGGCUCAACGUUGGGAAUAAGUUGAGCGGGGAGGGAUUUUCGGUGCUGAUCAUUGAAGCCGGCCCUGAUGCUCAAAAUGUGUCCGCGAUUUUUAAUGCGGAGGAAAGUGGCAACCUUAAUGGAUUUUGUAACUGGAAAUAUCCAGUCUACGACGAGGUACAAAUCCCUCUCUCUUGGACGGCUGACAGUGGUGCGUGCAUCGGUGGAUCGACUUCGAUCAACGGGAUGGUCUGGUAUCGCCCUACCAAAGCAGAAAUAGAUGCUCUGGAGAUAUUGGGAAACCCAGGAUGGAACUGGGAUGCCCUCGAACCUCAUAUGGCAGCAAUUGAACGCAAUAUCCCACCGGAUGGAAGCCAGAUUGCCGAUGGCGCAGCGUUCGAUCCCCGGGUGCACGGUUUCAGCGGGCCGGUCAAUACAUCGUUUCCCACGCCGAUGAGGAUACCUGAAGCACAAAGGCUAUAUAAAGAGGCUUUUCCGCUCAUAUUUCCGGGCCUUACAGUUGGUGACGAUCUAAGUAAUCGAACUUCCGUUGUCUCCGCCUCCACGUCUUGGACGAUUUGGUUUGAUGCAUCGACUUCGAAAAACCGUCGAUCAUCGGCGGCAUUUGCAUUGUUAUAUGCUCCAACACAGCAACGUGACUCACUCACCGUACUUGCGGAGCAUAAAGUCGCAAAAGUGCUAUUCGAAGAGGGAGACGAACCUAGGGCAAAUGGCGUGCAGUUUGGGAAUGCCAGCGACGGAACUUUACAUGACGUUUUUGCAAGGAAGGAAGUCAUCCUCGCCGCAGGUUCUUUCGGCAGUGCACCGAUUCUCGAGCGAUCUGGAAUAGGAAACUCUUCCAUCCUUGAGGAGAUAGGUGUCGAGCAGCUUGUUAAUCUCCCUGGAGUUGGAGUCAACCUUAAUGAUCAGCCUGGGACCGAGUCUUCCGCUCUCGUCUCCAGCUCUUUUCAGAAUGACACAGGAUUGAUAGACGGCAGAAGUCUAUUUGCACCUAUUAUUUCGCUUGUAAACAUUGACGAGCUGUUUUCGUCGAAUAGCUUGCAAAUAGCUAAAGAUCUAUAUGAUGGGGUUGGAGCUCGUGCGAGCGACCUAGUGGCAGCUGGCGCAGCAGCAUCAUUAUCGAGUGCCAUGGCAGUGCUCAGCGUUGCUACUACUCUCGUCGUCCAAAAUAGGCUACCAGUCGCAGAGACGAUCGGCGAAAGUUUUUCCCAAAUGCUUGCAAAUGCCUUCUGGCCGUUAACGCCACUCUCACGGGGCCACGUUCAUAUCAAUACGACAAAUCCAUUUGCAGAUCCCAUUAUAGUUCCACGAUUUCUUACCGACACGUUUGACCAGCAAGUCGCUACGACAAUUGCACGAAGAAGUCGUGCACUCUUCACCAGUGAUCCUUUUUCAACGAUUGUAGCCGACGCGUUUGCGAAUCCGAGUAACGUUGGACCUAAUGCCACUGAUUCGGAAUAUCUGGAAUGGUUCAGGAACACGUCGUUUGGUGCAAGUCAUUGGAUCGGGACUACAGCUAUGAUGCCACGUCUCUUGGGUGGUGUGGUGGAUUCUCGGUUGAGAGUACAUGGAACGAAGAACCUACGAGUUGUGGAUGCUGGCAUUCUUCCGUUCCAGCUUACCUCGCAUUUGAUGUCGGCUGUCUAUGCUGUCUCGGGAAGGGCUGCAAGCAUCAUCCUUGAGGAUGCAUAAGAUCUUGCCCGUUUGGAGAAUUUCUUUAUGCUUACCGUUAUUUGGGGUAUAAAGUCGUGGACAAUACACCUUGAACGAGUUGAUGGUCAAAUCGAGACCUUGGACAAAGUUUGUGUAAAUAACACGUGAGAAUGACAAAGAUUCGAUUACGUAUAAAUAUAUUACAUAAUCUAAAUCUGCAACUGAGCACGGAGCACCCUCAACUCAAGACCAAUCUGCCAGAAUUAAAUCUGCAGCACGCUCAGCCACGAUGUAAGUAGCGGCGACAGUAUGUGCGGCUGGUACUUACGAAAAUAGACGCGUCGACGACCCGCAGACCUGAGGCACCUUUGACGCGAAGCUGAGGGUCAACAACACCCCAUGACGCAUUCGUGGGUGACAUCCGUGCAGUUCCCACUGGAUGCCAGAUAGUUACGAUGUUGUCGCGGGCGGCCGCAAGGAUCUCGUCGUCCGAGUUUGCUUCGCUGACGGCACCGUAGGGACCAGCAACGAAGCCUUCCCAUUGAGGGCCUUGGAUGAAUCGACGCGUUGCUUUGAUUGCCUCAAGCAUGAUGGCUUCGUCGAUUGGCGAAGUGAGGAAGGCGGGGUCGAUAAGAGGAAAGUCAAAUGGAUUGGUCGACGCUAAUGUAACAGAACCGCGAGAUCCUGGGGAUACGACUACUGUGCUAAUCGUCAUGAAAUUACCAGUGUUUGGUGCUGGUCCCGAUGUUGCAAUGAAUCCAUCCUACACAAUUGUGAUUAGUCUAGACACAACAUUUAAGAAUGUGGAUACUACUCGCAGAAAUGAGCAUCUCAAAAUGGGCAGAGCUCGGACCAGCGGACGUAUCUCCAUAUGUACUCAGGACAGACGAGUUAUCUGGUAAACGUGCAAAUCCAAGCGUAUUAACGAGGGUGGUAGUGAAUAGACCCGUACGAGUUUCGUUCCAUUGCUGCAAGUCAGAUGCGGAUACAUUCGCAUCGCGGAACACGUUGUCAAAGGUGGAAUUAGAAUUGACUUCAAAGUAGUUGCCCAGUAAAGGGUGAUCCUGCAAGUGUUGGCCGACGUCUGGAAGAUCGAUCAGCGAGCGUAUGCCCAUGGAUUUCAGAGCUGUACUGUUUCCAAUGCCAGACAGGAGUAAUAGUUGAGGCGAGCCAAUAGAACCUGCUGAAAGAAUGACUUCCUUCUUGGCCGUGGCAUUUAGACGUGUCGCAUUGGGUCCCUGAGAGAACUCGACUGUAUCAAAAACAGGCUUUCCUUGUUUCGAUUUGCCCGUCGAAAUCACCCGUGUUACCUGGGUCUGAAUAAGAACAUCUAAGUUCUGUCGCGAGAGUACAGGGUCCAGAUGUGCAGUGGCUGCACUACUUCGUUCCCCUUUUCCUAUGGUUGCUUGUACGAAUCCAAAGCCAACAGCAUUGCCCGAUUGCAAGUCUAUAUUAAACGGAAACUCUGGAUCACCACUCAGGGCUGUUUCUAUGACUCGUUCGUCCGUCUCUGCUGGAAAACCUGGCAAGCUGACUUCUACUGGGCCGAAACCGUGUACUGAAGGGUCUACUUGACCAGUCGUGUUGUGACCAUCAGCGGGUGGGACAAGUCGGGAGCUCCUGAAAUAAUAUUUAGCGAGGUUCUUCCAUUCCCAGCUAGGAUCAUCCGUCAAAUUUGCCCAGCGAUUAUACUCCUCGUCCGAUCCACGGGUAUACACCAAGAAGUUGAUGCUGGAGCUUCCACCAAGUACUCUCCCCCUUGGAUAAGUCAGGACACGAUCGUCUAGCUGUGUCUGAGGCACGGUAGUGAAAUUCCAAGUAGCUGGUGUUGCUGGAACCAGCUCUCCCACCAGGAACGGAACAAUGGAGGGAAGUAGACCUUCGUUUGUGAUCCCAGCCUCGAUAACCAGUACUGAGAAUUUUGACGUCUCCGUCAGCCUAUUCGCUAGUACGCUCCCUGCGGUACCACCCCCAACAAUGAUGAAGUCAUAGUCGCUCUUCUCAAGCUGAUUAACGUCUGUAUAUAACUUGGCGUUUACAAACUUUACAGCAGAAAGGAUGAAGAUCGAGAGCUGCGAGAACGCGAGUAGUCUUGCCAUGAGGAGAGCCAUGAU